UCAAAGGGUGCGUUGUUUGAAUCUUAAAAAUGUACCAUAGCUUUAGAAUGAUUUUUUUAUGUAAUAAUUAUUAAAGCAAUCGAACUUAAAAAUAUCUGAAAUAGUGUCCAGUAAAUAACCGAAUCAUGUAAAAGUUUAUUUACGCCAAUUUAAUUUGAAGAAUUUUCUUCCGUUUGCAUUUGCGCAUUCUCCUGUCUAUCAGUAUUAUGGCGACCUUUAUGGUGGUUGGAUAUUCUUCCUAAUUUUCGUCAGUCGAACGAGAGAAAAUUAUUUCUGCGAAAGACUCUGAUUUAACAUUUCCGUCGUCGUCAGAAACUUAAAUGUAAAAUGGAUUGUACUCGUAAAGAUUUAAAAAAGACAUACGAUAUAGAGCAGAUGGCCGUAAUCGGCAAGAUGCAUAAUAUGCAGUGGCUGAAAAGUAAUUCUCAGUUACCAGGCCACAUAAAAACACUUCCAGUUGGAAAAGUAUUUGCCAAUAAUCCACUCAAAAGUAAAAUAAAUGAAGAACCAACGGAAAGUAUUACAGUUGUUUCGACUAUCAGUGUUUCAAACAGUUUUGAUUUAGAAAAAAAUGAUCUUAUUAUAGACAAAAAUAUAGAUGACAGUAAUACUGCUAUAAGUAAAAUUAUGUUUCACCCAACUUUACCAGUUGGUUUUUCUGAAAACGAUAGUACGGAGAGUACUUGGAAUAAAGAUAUUAACAUGGCCAGUGCAUUGUUUCCAACUUCUCAGCCUAUGGUUACGCAAAGGAUAGAUGAGCAAGAGAAAACGAGUAUGAAUUUACCAGAGAACAUUGUUACAAUUCAGUUAGAACAAUUUAAGCUCAAUGACAAAGAAAGUAAACCUAACAUGUCAUAUAUCGAACCUAACAAUGAAUGGAGUACUGCCCAUCAUAAUAGUCCUGAUUUAGUUAAGUUGGAUAACGAUGUAGGUAGUCAAGUAAGCCCAAAACAAUGUCACGACAACAAUAACAAUGAUGCAAAAUCUAAAACUCAGCCAACAUCAGAAGUAAAAAAAGAUAUGCAAAGGACAACUACAAAAUUUAGUGCUAAAAAAUUAAGCGAUCAGAAGAUCAAAAAACAAAUGGGAAGUUCUUUGAAAGAACCUUCCAAUGUUUUAAAACAGGUUAGCAAAGAUAAAGAUGAUUCAAUGAAUUCAUGCAGCGAAGAUAAUAAAACUUCAAACUCUGCCGCUGAUUCAAAAAAAAUAUCGGUGGGAGUCACUUCUAAAGUUAUCGAUAAAUGUGGUAAAGUUAACGUAUAUAGUAGACAAUUAAGUGUAGGAAAGGGGGCACAAACAAAGGAGCAACAAUUUUAUAAACAACAUUUUUCUACGCUUAACGAUAAUGGUAGUAAAAACAAAUCCUCCAUGGAGGGAUUAGAUGAAAAAAAUAAAUUUCUUACUACGAAAUUAAAAUCACCUAGAAAUGAACCUGAUAAGAAAGGUGAUGAAAUUAAUGAGACGAAGAAGUGUCACAAAGUUCAAUUAAUACGCACUCAAUCAUAUAACAUUCAAUAUAUUAGGAAUAAAUCACUAAUAAAUUCACAGCAACGUUAUUUAAGAAAUUCAACUAAGCCUGAAGAGGAAAAUUCCAUUAAAAACACAUCUGGUUUUAAUAAUAAGAUUAGUACGCUUAAUUCAACCGAGAAUGUAUCAAAGAAAAAAUGUGAAAAUCAACAGGUUGUAAUAAGUAAGCAAGCAAAUGAUACGCAAACCAGUCAAAGUAUUUCAGGAAAGAAUUCCGACAAUGCUAAUAUUUCAGAAUGCAGUACAAACGAACAAAAUUUAGUAAAAUCAUCUCUACCAAAUAAAAGAAAUUAUCAGAAUUCGUCUAAUGCAAGGGCUACUACUGAUAGAAAUGUAAGAGAUGACCAAGGAUAUAUGCAAAAAUUCAAAAAAGAAUCUAACGUUUAUAGACGUUCUUCGGGCAUUUUACAGUCGUUUCCCAAAGAUUUAAAUGGGAAGGAGAAAGCAGGUGAUCAUAAAAAGAAUGUUGUGGAUAACAAUUCAUCAAGGGAUUGUAAAAUAAAUCGCGUAUGCUCGGUAGGCGCAAAAGUGUAUUCUCAAUCUGAAGGUUCAAAAAUAACUAUAUAUCCAAAUAAGGGAAAUGGUGCUAGUAACGUAAACAAGACUGAUACAUCAGAUUCAGCUAAUUUAAAUAAUGUACAGUCUCCGAAAUCAUUGAAUUCUUGUUCAACCAGUACCAAAGAUUCCACUACUAUAAAUACAUCUACUCAUACGUCACAAGAAUCACAGAUUUUACAAGCUUCUUAUAAUGGAACUGAAGUACAAUUUGUAAAGACUGAACAAGAUGCUAGUAAUAAUAAUAGCAAUAAUAACACAAGUGCUAAUAACUCAGAAACGAAGUCAGUUAAAUUUUCAAAUAAUGUUCAAGAAAUGAAUGCAGUUCACUCUACGACAUCUUAUACCGAUAAUUCCAUUCAGCAAAAUGCAGCUUCAACAAAUCCAUUUUACUCUGACUUACAAAAUCCAUUUAAUGUAACCAAUGCUCAAGAAAUUGAAAAUCAUCGCAGCGUACAAAAUAAGAGUUAUUUUCAUAAUAAUAAUGCUCAAUAUAAUAAUACGUCUGUCAACAUUCAGAAUUCUGAAAAGGAUUUAUAUCUGCUAGAUGGAGUCCAACAAAAAUCAGAGCAGACGUCACAUAUAUCUCCGCAGAAUAUAUCGCCACACAGUAACUGUAACCCAAGUAUUUCAAUAGGAAAUAGUUUACCCUAUCAAAACGUAUCUACCGUCUACUUAAAUCAAUACAGUAAUGCGCAAACAGUACCAAGAAAAACGACUGACAGUACAAUCUUCUCUCAUAAUGGAUUGAUUCCAAGUACUUCUUAUGCCAUGGAAAGUCAAAACAUUAUGCAAAGCGAACCUUCCAACAUUCUCAUGCAUAAUACUCAAAGUUCGGUUUUACCGCCACCAGGCUUUCACAAUCACCCUGUAACUAGUCAACAUAAUCAGUGGAAUUUACCAGCGCCGGAUAUGUUGCUCUACGGAAACGUAAUGAAUUCUGCACAUCCUCUGAACAUGCAAAUUCAGAAUUCCAGGCACGUAUGCAGCACAGAUUACAAUAACAUUCUACAAACAGGUUACUUGCACCAUCCAUUGCUUUACGUACCGCCAGUAUGCAUGCAAAGCUGGAAUCCUCUGCUGCAGUAUUCGACGCCUUUAUUUCAAAAUCCGCCGUACACCAACUGCAAUACGUUCUCUAAUCAAGGAUUGCAAUCGAACACGCUGUCUGAUUGUAUAAAUUGCCCUAUCGUAACAUCUGCGCAGGACAAUCCGUACAAACAGUUCCAGCAGAUGCAACAGUUAGAGAAUAAUCCGAACUUUUCCGUUCCCGUAAAACUCGAGAAUUAUAUGGGGAACAUGCAACAGGGCUGCAAAACGAAUAACGUCAGUUUGAAAGACAAUGUUAUGGACCUCCACAUGAGAAGCAAUCGUUACCGAAGCCCUAUGGCAAACGAGUACCAGAAUUGUACCCAAGAUGGUCAGGUAAUGGUACCCUUCUCGUAUGCGGUCACAAUGGAUUCCACUGGGAGGAAUGGGCCGUCGAACAUGCACAUGCAAGUGAACCAGAAGUAUGGGCCGUACGCUGCAACUGCGGCCAAUUACCAAAGAAUGCCGGAGAGCUGUUCACCGUUCCAAAACAAUCAGGAGUAUAACAACAGGAAGGAUGACGUAUUGAGGAACGAUUCCGAGUGUAUACCGCCAAUGGUAUCGCCGAGAGAUUGCAUGUACUACGGAAUUAAUUAUUCCCGAAAAACCGACUCCAUUCAGAAUUCGUCUGGGCGCAUAGAUCCAAAGUCUAUGGUUUACUUGCAUUCUGUUAAUUCGCAACAUUAUGCCCCUCAGUAUUACAAAAACGCAAUCUAUCAUCACUCAUCGCCGAAAGACCUUACAUCAAGAGGAACCGUGAGCCGCGGUACACGCAAAACGAUGGAACAGUAAAUACUACAGAAACA